AUGCCAAUGGUGGGCAGGUUUGUUGCGGUGCUUCUGCUGACCUGGAGUAUGUGUGCAGCUGCUCUGCCGGGGGAAGAAAACUUUUCUGCACAGACCAGCAAGGAGCAAUCCAAAGCUCAGAAAAUCCUCGUUCUGAAAAUGCUAGCAGGGCUCCUAAACGGAGUCGACGCAGAUCACGAGGCAGCGGCUUUCGCCGAUUUCCAAGAUCCUCUAGAAAGAAAGCUGGAGGAAGAGCCCUUGAUGCUGGGGCACUCACCACACCUCCGCCCUCGAGACCGCAAAACUCCGUGUAAAAACUUCUUUUGGAAAACCUUCACUGCCUGCUAA